AUGGGUGGAUAUGAUUUUCUUGGAUCAAAUUCAGGAAUCGACCUUCAUAAAGAUUUCCUUAAAGAUUCAACGUGGAAGCGUUUAUUGGAUGGGGAUGCAUUAAUAUCAAUAGGUACAGGACAUAUGAAUGAAGAUGAAGCCAAUGAUGUUGGAAUUGUUCCUACUCACGCUUAUGCGGUAUUAGAUGUGAGAGAAGUAUAUGGAUUAAGAUUAUUACAGAUUAAAAAUCCCUGGAGUCAUAAAAGGUGGAUUGGACCAUACAGUCAUUUGGAUAGUACAAAUUGGACACCUGAAUUAAUGCGUGAAUUGGAUUAUGAUCGUAUACCCGCUGCUUUAAAUGAUGAUGGAAUUUUUUGGAUUGAUUUUGAUUCCGUUUGUCAAUAUUUUGAUUCGAUUCAUAUGAAUUGGAAUCCGGAAUUAUUCAAAUAUUUUGAUACUAUACACUCAUCAUGGAAUUUGAAUUCUUGGUUGUGUAAAGAUUCUCCUAAUUUAGGAUACAAUCCACAAUUUUGUUUGGAAAUCAGAAAUGAUGAUAAAGAAGAUUCACCAGUAUUUCUUUUAUUAUCAAAACACAUAACUAUUUCACAAGAGAAUAAAGAAUAUAUUACAUUACAUGUUUAUAAUGAAUCAAAAGGUGAAAGAAUUUAUUAUUCAAGUGAACCAUGUUGGAAACAGGCUAGAUUUAAUGCACCUCCGGGAAUAAGUCGAUAUACAGUUGUUGUAGCUCAACCGGGAGGAAACACAAAUUGUAUAUCAUAUCUAAAAAAUCCUCAAUAUUGUUUGUCAUUACCUUCUUCAUCACCUAAUAACACCAACAAGAAUAAUCCUAAACCACGUGUGAUGCUUAUGUUGGAAGGACCAAUAAAUGUGGCAAUAAAUGUUAAAUUAGUUUGGAGUAAAGGAAAACGAGUUUCUAGUUUAUCACCUAAAGAUAUUGUAGUUCAAUCAAGAGGAUAUCAACGUGGAUUUUGUUAUUGUGAAAUAGAUGAUAUAAAAUUUUCUCCCAUUCCUUCCGAAGGAGCGGGAUUAUUCCCGGAGAUAAUUCAUGGAGAAUGGAUUCCGGGAGUAAAUGCCAUGGGUCGGAUCAAUAAUAAUGAAUAUAGAUAUAAUCCAAAAAUAACACCAACUCCAUUAACUAAUAUUAAAAUAUUUGAAAACCAUUCAUCUAAAUUAUUGGGUAAAGAAGGAGCAGUAAUAGAUGAUGUUGUAUUGCCACCGCGUGAAGAAGCGAUAGAAAAAUAA